AUGCUAAUACACUUUUGGCUGUUGCACAUUAUAGUACAACAAGUCAAAAGUGAAGAAUGCCCUCGAGUUGUGUCGCACGAGGCCUUGAUCAACUCACUUAUGAAGAACUACAGUCGGUGGGUUUAUAUUUUUGGAUUUAAACUUUUAAAUAUAUCAGAAAUCCAAAAACUCUAAGCCCGUAUUUUAUCUAUACCAAUACUAGGUUGUUCAAAUAAUUCUGACCAAUAAACACCGAAAACUCGCUUUGAGAGGGAGCACAGAAUUUUUUCAACAACAUAAUAUUAGUAGCCACAAUAACAAACUAACCUAACCUUUCCAGAAGCCUAAGCCCAUCAAAGAAGCCAGUUCCAGUAAAAGUGGAAGUUACAGUACAAGAUAUAUCCGAGUUAUCCGUCCUCUCCAACAGUUUCACUGCCGAUUUAUGGUUCAGUUCGCUGUGGCAGGAUGAUCGACUAGCCUUUGGGCAUUUGGAUAGUUGUCGACAAAAUCUUUCAUUCGACGACACAUUCGAAAGCCGAAUCUGGUCGCCAAACGUGUGUAUUGUCAAUUCAAAAGUGUCCAAAGUUCAUACCUCACCCAAACCAAACGUACUACUCAUGCUAAUGCAGAAUGGUACUGUAUGGCUUAAUUAUCGAGUGAGUUUUGGGAUUGACAUAGUCUUUCACUUUAUUUUUUAUUGCUUUAGGCCUAUUUUUUGCCUUCUUAGGGCUGUUUUUCUUUUACUUUUUUUUUGCUAUUUUUUACUUUUUAAGUCUAUUUUUUGUUGUUUUAGGCCUAUGUUGUACAAUUAUAGGUCUCUUUUUUUACUUUCUAAAAUUGUUUUUUACUUUAUCAGUUAUAUCUUGCACUGUUUUAGGUUCGAGUAGAAGCCCCAUGUGUAUACGAGCUCAGUGAUUUUCCUAUGGAUAAGAUCGUAUGUUCAUGGGAUCUUGAAAGCUAUAGUUAUAACACAGCGACAGUAAAAAUCGACUGGUUAGAGCCGGCAGUCACGCUAACAACUACAGAGUUUUCGGCUUCUGAUUAUGCGUUUGUUGGUAUAAAACAUGCCAAACAUACUGAGGUAAGUGUGUAUUCUGUUUUGUGCUAGUUCAUCAUAGUUUAUAGAUUAAAAACCGCAUUUUUAUAAUUCCAACUUUAUAAAAUAUAUUUUAGUACUACAAAGCAGGCGAAUGGUACCGUCUAACGGUUGAUAUUCAAUUCAAACGUCGUUACGGUUUUUACAUUCUUCAAAUCUACAUUCCCAGCUAUAUAUACGUGGUCAUAUCGUUCAUAACAUUUGUGAUAGAACUCAAAGCACUCCCAGCACGGGUUAUUUUGACUGUGAAUACGUUGAUGUCAUUGUGUUUACAGUUUGGCAAUAUUAUUGGGUCUUUGCCUCCGGUUUCGUAUGUUAAAGUAGGUUUGAGAUUGUAAUGUUUUCUUGGGUUUAUUAGUGUCUUUUGGGUAUUGUUAUGUAAUUACAGUAUUUUAUUAGGUGCCGGCACAAAGAACCCGCCAUUUUUUACAGAAAAUUACAAGCAAAGUAUGGCGGGUUCUUUAUGUCGGCACCUAAUAUAUUGUCAUGUAAUAGUGUUCUUUUAAAAUUAUUUUUAAAAUUCGUUUUUCACUUACUAUUUUCAGAGUAUUGACUACUUUAUGUUCACCUGUAUAGCCUUCAUCUUCGCUUCUACGGUGGAACUUGCGUUUAUUGCAUAUCAGGUAAGGCAUUUUCCUUCUUUAUCACUUUCUUUCUUUCUUUUUCUCUCUCACUCUCAACUUGUUACUUUAUUUUAACUUCUUUGUCAUUUUAAUUCAUACUUUAUGUCUUCUUGUUCAUCAUUUAAUAAAUUUCAGGAAAAGAAGUUGUUCAUGCGUUCGCUACGCUUCAACUUUUCUCUACGCAGCAUAUUCACCUUCAAAUGUGUUUAUACAGAUCCUGGGGAGAGUCAGUAUGAGGUAAAGACAUGUUUUUUUAAUUAACACACCUAUUAUAAGCUAAAAUUUAGCUUAAAAACCUCAAUGCAACCUUUUGUACACCAAAAACUCAAUUUUUCAACCAAAAUGUGAAUUUUUAAGUUCUUUUAGGUAUGAAAUGAAAAAAUACUUUUAAAAAAUUCAUUUUUAGAACGAUGAAGAAUAUGAACUGCUACGGCUACAACGCCGAUUUCAAAAAAAUAACUGGAGAUUGA